AUGUCCUCAAAAAAUCGUUUGGUUCUCGAUGAUCUUUUAAUAAAAAACGUCAAUACUUGGGGUAACAUUCAAUACAAUAUUCCGUUAAGACUUUCCAGUAAUGAAACGAGAACAGCGACCAGUAUUGGACUUCGUCACAUUCCGGCGCUUCCACAUAGUUUCGAUUGCAAAAUCGAUGAUCCGCUACCAGAAAGAGUUACCGGACGAGACAUGGUCGUCGAGAAGGAAACAUACAAGACUACAACAGGUGAAUACUGCGUGAAACCGAACCCGAAUAAGGCGAUGGAAAGAUCGGACUGCUCCAUAAAUUGCCGCCGAGUUAUAUUCAUGACGGGAGUCGAGAAACGUUUACAAGGAAAAAAUAUAAAUCAACCAAUCAUGAUAUCGGAAAUGAAGGAUACUUUUAGGGGUGUGACAAAGCCGGCCACGGUCCCCCAGGAAAUCACGGUGAAGGCACCCGAUCCUGAAUAUAUUUUUGACGUCGUAGCAGCUGGCAGAAACGAAGCUCCAAUAAUACCGGAGACCGCAGCAGGAUUUAGGAGACUACUAGAUCCAUAUGUGUCUACAUAUAGAACAUAUCAUAAGCCAUUUUCUGCUGAAGACCAGUAUGGGAUUGGCGCAAAGGACCAUAUUACUUUUUAUUCUGAAUUCGAUACACCGAAGGUUCGAGGAUUCGGUCCAAGGCUGAAAGAAGUCUGGAUGCCAUUAUUGUCCAAGCAACACAGAGCGGUAUAUGACAGAAUACACGUUAAGAAAGAGUGCAAAGAAGUCGCCGCUUGCCACAAUCCAGUUAAUAAUAUCCAAGGGGUUUUUGAAUCGGAAACGAAGAAAAAAUACAAGUCUCCAUUUGCGUCUUCGUCGCUUGCAUCAUGGUCACACGGAGAAUCUUUCGACUUAGCACCUUUCCCGCCCAAUCCCUAUCAAACUAACAUCGCUCCGUUUAUGUACUGUAGCGAUUACUGUCACAUAGCUCAGGGAACGCCGCCAUCUACAGUGGUAGACCAGAUCGCGAGCAAGAUGCCUUCUCACAAACAUUGCAUUCAAAGAUAUAUCGUGUCCAGAGAUUAUGAACAAAAAUAA